AGAGCAACCUAAUGUGAUAAGAAGACAUAAAGAAAUAUUUAGAAAACAAUUGACUAUAAAUUGACCAUCACUCUCUUUCUCAGUUUCUGCAACUACUAGUAGUAUAGUUAAGCUUGUAUAACUUCGGAGGCUAUUCCAGUGGUGAUUAGUAUAAUUGACAGUAGAGUUUGGCUAUAUGGGAAAGACAAUUCAGGUUUUCGGAUUCCCUUAUCUUGUGUCUGCAGAAGUGGUCAAGUUAUUCUUAGAGAAACAUACAGGAAAUGAAACUGUGUAUUCAUUGGAGGUUAAACAGUCAAAAAGAGGACCUAGAGCAUUUGCCAUAGUUCAGUUUACCGACAGCAGAAGCGCCGAGAUUAUCAUCAAUUUGGCUAGUCAGAGGCUGGAUUUUGGUUCUUCUUAUUUGAUGGCUUGGGAAAUAAAAACUGAUAUUGUCAAACUGAGGACGUAUGUGCAGCGCACGGAUGGCAUAACUUUGAAUUUUGGAUGUCAGAUAUCAGAUGACAAGUUUGCAGUGUUGGGAAGUAGUAGACAAGUUUCAAUUGAAUUUGACGUUGGAUUGAAGAGAAUUUACUUCCUUUUAUCUUGUGGUUCAGUUGAUUAUAAGCUUCAGCUCUCAUAUGAAAAUAUAUGGCAAAUUGUGCUUCAUCAUCCAUAUGGUCAGAAUGCUCAGUUUCUCCUCAUACAGUUAUUUGGUGCUCCUCGGAUCUAUAAGAGACUUGAAGAAUCCUGUUAUAGCUUCUUUAAGGAAACUCCUGAUGAUCAGUGGGUGAGGACAACAGAUUUCACUCCAGCUAAUUGGAUAGGGCUAUCUUCUAGCUUAUGUUUGGAGUUUCAUAAUGGUGUUCAACUUCCAAAUUUCCGUGAGAGUUUUUUUUACUAUGCAGAACGUGAAAACCAAAUUACUUUACAGAAGACUGGUUUCACCUCUUCUUCUUUCUCUCAAAAAUUGCCUCUGGUUCCCAUUGUCCAGCCCCCCAAAGGAGUUGCGUUGCCCUACAAGAUAUUGUUCAAAAUUAGUUCUAUGGUUCAGCAUGGAUGCAUACCCUGGCUAGCAUUAAAUGUCUACUUUUUCCGAUUAGUUGAUCCUCAAAGGAGAAAUAUUGCUUGCAUUGAGCACGCCUUAGAGAAAAUGUACUAUUUAAAGGAGUGCUGUUAUGAUCCAGUGAGGUGGAUCACUGAGCAGUAUGAUGAGUAUCUCAGGCGUAAACAAGUUCCAAAAUCUCCGUUCAUCACUUUAGAUGACGGAUUGCUGUACGUAAGAAGGGUCCUAGUAACACCAUGCAAAGUUUAUUUUUGUGGUCCAGAGGUUAAUGUUUCCAAUCGGGUUCUGCGCAAUUAUUCUCAAGACAUAGAUAACUUUCUUCGAGUUUCUUUUGUUGAUGAGGAGUGGGAGAAAAUGUAUUCUACUGACUUAUUACCAAAAGCAAAUGGUAUCAGGACAGACAUCUAUGAGAGGAUCCUAUCAACUCUGCGGAAUGGCUUUGUAAUUGGUGAUAAAAAAUUUGAAUUUCUUGCAUUUUCAUCGAGCCAGUUGCGGGAUAAUUCAGUGUGGAUGUUUGCAUCAAGACCUGGACUUACUGCAAAUGAUAUAAGAACAUGGAUGGGUGAUUUUCAGCAGAUCAGGAAUGUCGCAAAAUAUGCUGCCAGACUUGGUCAAUCUUUUGGUUCCUCCAGAGAGACAUUGAGUGUUGGUAGGGAUGAGAUUGAACUUAUUCCUGACGUGAAGGUUCAUGGAACCAACUAUGUCUUUUCUGAUGGAAUUGGAAAAAUAUCUGCUGACUUUGCUCGUAGAGUUGCCACAAAAUGUGGCCUUCAAUAUACUCCAUCUGCUUUCCAGAUUCGUUAUGGUGGAUAUAAAGGUGUUGUGGCUGUUGAUCAAUAUUCAUCAAUGAAGUUGUCUUUGAGAAAGAGCAUGCUGAAAUAUGAAUCAAACAACAUAAAGUUAGAUGUCCUGGCAUGGAGCAAAUAUCAGCCUUGUUAUCUUAAUCGUCAACUGGUUACUCUCUUGUCUACACUUGGGGUGAAAGAUUAUGUUCUCGAACAGAAGCAAAAUGAAGCCGUAGAGCAGCUUGAUGCUAUCUUGCAUGAUUCUUUCAAGGCACAGGAGGCUUUGGAAUUGAUGUCUCCUGGAGAGAACACUAAUAUUCUCAAGGAGAUGCUAAAUUGUGGUUAUAUGCCUGAUGAGGAGCCCUUUCUUUCAAUGAUGCUGCAAGCUUUCCGGGCAUCCAAGUUGCUCGAUUUGCGGACUAGAACAAGAAUAUUUAUUCCAAAUGGAAGAGCAAUGAUGGGAUGUUUGGAUGAAUCCAGAACCUUGGAAUAUGGUCAGGUGUUUGUUCAGUUUACUGGCGCUGGACGUAGACAGUUUUAUGAGGAUUUGCACCCUUUUAAUGACAGUAGAUCCGCCAACUAUAAUUUCAUUCUCAAGGGAAACGUGGUUGUUGCAAAAAAUCCAUGCUUGCAUCCUGGUGAUAUUCGUGUUUUAAGGGCUGUAGAUGUUCCAGCAUUGCACCACAUGGUAGAUUGUGUUGUAUUUCCCCAGAAAGGAAAAAGACCUCAUCCAAAUGAAUGUUCUGGGAGUGAUCUGGAUGGGGAUAUCUACUUUGUUUGCUGGGAUCAAGACCUGAUUCCGCCAAGGCAAGUCCAGGCGAUGGAUUAUAGUCCAGCACCCAGCACAGAGUUGGAUCAUGAUGUCACAAUUGAGGAAGUUGAAGAGUACUUCACAAACUAUAUUGUGAAUGACAGCUUGGGAAUCAUAGCAAAUGCACACGUCGUAGUUGCAGACAGAGAACCUGAUAUGGCCAUGAGUGAUCCAUGCAAAGAACUUGCUCAGCUCUUUUCAAUUGCAGUUGACUUUCCAAAGACUGGUGUUCCUGCUGAAAUACCAUCUCGGUUGCGCCCUAAAGAAUACCCAGACUUCAUGGAAAAGCCAGACAAGCAAACGUAUUACUCGGAAAGAGUUAUUGGCAAGCUUUUCAGGAAAGUGAAGGAUAAAGCACCUCAGUCUAGCUCUAUCGCGACCUUCACAAGGGAUGUUGCCAGGCGAUCAUAUGAUGCUGAUUUGGAAGUUGAUGGAUUUGAAGAUUACAUCGACGAAGCUUUUGAUUACAAAACUGAAUAUGACAACAAGCUUGGUAAUUUGAUGGACUACUAUGGCAUAAAAACGGAGGCUGAAAUACUUAGUGGUGGCAUCAUGAAGGCAUCAAAAACUUUUGACCGCAGAAGAGAUGCAGAGGCCAUUGGUGUUGCUGUGAGGUCUUUGAGGAAGGAGGCAAGGACAUGGUUCAAGAGGCGUAGUGAUAUAGAUGACAUGUUAGCAAAGGCUUCCGCUUGGUACCACGUUACAUAUCAUCCUAGAUAUUGGGGUUGCUACAAUCAGGGGUUGAAAAGAGAUCAUUUCAUUAGCUUUCCCUGGUGUGUUUAUGACCAGCUGAUCCAGAUUAAGAAAGAGAAAGCACGUAACAGGCCGGUUCUCCAUUUGUCAUCUCUCGGGCAUCAGCUGAGUCGCAUGGAGUUGAUAUAAGGUUUCCAAGUAAGCGUUAAGCUGAUCUAUAUAAUGUAAGAAAGGUAAGAGAAUUGCUAUGAUUGAUAUAAUGUAAGGACCUACUUUAAAUUAUGCCUAUUUGCCUAAAAACUUAGAUCACUCUGUCAAUAUUGUUUUGUGACUAUUGUGCGUGAAUUGGAAAAACUCUUGUUCUGAAAUUCACCAAGAAUGUAUAUUGUGGUGGUGUAACUUGGUUGACUUUGUUGUAAAUCUGAUUUUUGUGCUACUUAAAGUUGAGAAAGUGCUCCUUACCUUAUCAGGGCCUAAGAAGAUUCAAUUCAUACCUGUAGAGAGAAAGGGAUUCCAUCGAAAUAAUUCGCUGUGCAUUUUAGUGAUGGUUUCCCUUUCAGAAUAUUGCCAUUUAGAUGCAUGUUCACUCAUUUUGUUCCAUUAAACGUUUGAUUAGUUUCCAAGGAUA